AUGGGGCUACACGCGAGGAGCGUCAACGACAGCUUACGGCUCGCGUCCUUCACGAAAGGCGAAGUGUCGUGGUCUACGACAGAGGAGCCCUUUACUUCCGAAGAAGAAGACGCGAUAGUGACACUGGUGGUGGUCGUGAUAGGUAUCAUUGUAGCCAUAGUGGUACUAUUUUUGAUGGGGAUCUUUAUCGAUUGCAAGCACCAAAAGAAGAACGUUUCGAAGAAGAAGCUAAAAUUGAAAAUGCCACCGCUGUCUCACGCGAGAAGGAGGAACGAGAAAGAGGAUGCGAAAUCCUUGGCAUCGAACAUGUGUCCGACCGGUGCCAGCGACGCUGAUUUUCGGACAAGAGACGCCAUAGUUUGA